AUGCCUUCCGCCCUGCUUAUCGGCGAGAUCACCCACGCCCGCAAAGAAUGGGAGGAACUGUCGUCGCUGUUGACGCUCAAGGAGUUUCCCACGGGUACCAGAGAGAACUUUAUCCGCAAUUGCAAGGAGGGCCAGUAUGAUGAUGUUGUGGUGAUUUAUCGGUCCAAUGCUUCUACAAAGUAUACUGGUCCCUUUGAUGCGGAGCUGCUUUCUGUUUUGCCGGGGUCUUUGAAGUAUAUUUGUCAUAAUGGGGCUGGGUAUGAUAAUGUCGAUGUUAAGGGAUGUACGGAGAAAGGAAUCGCCGUGUCCAGCACGCCCGUCGCUGUUAACCACGCAACGGCUGAUGUGGGCAUCUUCUUGAUGAUCGGCGCUUUGCGACAGGCCUACGUACCACUGUCUGCUCUCCGGGCGGGUCAGUGGCAGGGUCAGGCUACGUUGGGUCGUGACCCCCAAGGGAAGGUGCUGGGAAUCCUCGGAAUGGGCGGAAUCGGCAGGGAAAUGGCCAACCGCGCAAAGGCUUUCGGAAUGAAGAUCCAAUACCACAACCGGUCCCGACUAUCGCCAGAGCUCGAGGGCGAUGCUACAUACGUGUCGUUCGAUGAGUUGUUGGCGAGCUCCGAUGUGCUGAGCUUGAACCUCGCACUUAAUGCCUCGACCCGUCAUAUUAUCGGCGAGAAGGAAUUCCAGAAGAUGAAGGAUGGGAUUGUCAUUGUUAAUACCGCGCGUGGUGCGCUGAUUGACGAGAAGGCGCUAGUUGCUGCGCUGGAUUCUGGAAAGGUUCUGUCGGCUGGGUUGGACGUUUAUGAAAACGAGCCCGCCGUAGAGGCUGGUUUGGUGAAUAACCCUCGGGUGAUGUUGCUGCCACAUAUUGGAACCAUGACAUAUGAGACGCAGAAGGAUAUGGAGUUGUUGGUGUUGAACAACUUGCGCUCAGCUGUAGAAAAGGGAAAGUUGAUCACGUUAGUUCCGGAACAGAAGAAUGUCUGGUAGAAGAUUAGAUGCGAUAUUAUUUUAUGGAAUGAAAUAUUAAAGUUGUUUUCUUUUUCUCCCCUUUAAUGGAUUUUGAAAUAUCAGGUGUUGUAGUUGUGUGCAAUUGGUACAAGGUAUGAGUAGGAGUGGUGAGUAUGCGGUAGCUUCGUUGUUUAACACAAGACAACAACUAAUUACCAAGGACAGCGGUCGAGACUUGGCACUGAGCUGAGGGACUGAAUGGGUACUGCCGGGCGGUGUAGGCUUGCCUCUGACAGAGCUGGCCCUAAUCCGCUUUGGGCUCGCUAAAGGGUUAACCCUAGCGGGAAUGCCAAGAGCGAAAAAGCACACCACAACGAGACUUGCGAUCUCGAAGUUCCAGCGGCCGACCG